CCUCUACUUUAAUAAACGGACAACAAAUGUUACCACAUAACAAUAAUAAAUCAUUUCAAAAUUACAUUGCAAACCAAAAUCAUGUGUGUGCUGUUGUUAUUUUAUUCAAUAUUUUUUAUCAUUAACCAUGUGUCCUCUCAUAACAAUCAUUCUAAUGUUGAGAUCAUAGGAGGCGAUGACAUUCCCAUUCAUAAGGCACCGUAUAUGGCGUCUUUACGUUACAAUAGAACUCUGCACUAUUGCGGUGCCUCUAUAAUACACAAAAGAUUCCUGAUCACAGCCGCUCACUGUAUAUUGCCUAAUAUCACGUACAAUAUAUUAGUAGGCACUUCUCUAUUGGACCGAGGCGGGAUAGUUUACGACAUCGAAAAAUUUAUAGUCCACGAAGCUUAUUCGAAGAUCACUAAAGACUUUGAUAUAAGUCUUAUAAAAUUGAAAAGACCUCUGGAGUAUGGGCCGAAUAUUGCCGAAGUGCCUCUCGCCGAUGGCAGAUUGAAACUUAGGAGCGGUAAUAUGUUUAGUGUGACCGGCUGGGGCGUGACCGAUGGUGGAGCUUUUCCGUUAAAUUUACGACAAGCUAAAGUGGCUAUGGUGUCGAGAAACAGAUGUCAAAUUCAGUACUGGUCAAUUCGCCUCACAUCUAGAAUGAUUUGUGCUGGAGGUGUUCACGCCGAUGCUUGUCAGGGUGACAGUGGGGGACCAUUAACGUACAAGAACGUUCAAGUCGGAAUAUCUUCCUUCGGCCACGGAUGUGGUAUUCUACCGGGAGUCUACACAAAGAUAUCUCCCCUACUUCCUUGGAUCGAGAAGAAUAUAGCACGUAACUUAUAAAUGAGUCGACUAUUAUCAAAGCCGGCAAUGUGACUUUUGAACAAUUAUUGGUAAAUCAGAGAAACGAAUUAUUGACUUUGUAUUUCAUUGGCAGUCACAAAACUCUUCUGAACGACACCUUAGAUAAAUAACAGGUUAAGUUAAUACUUUAUUUAAUGCAGGUUUUGAACCGUAUUCUUUGAAGGAGACGAUUAUAUUCAAAUCAAUCUGUAUUGCCAUAUCAAUAACAUUUUUUUGUCCAAAUGCACAGAUUGCCACCUUUGAUAAUAGACGACUCAAAUAACAUAAAAUGCAUUGUUGUAUUAUACUUGCAAUGUUAGCUAGAUUAGUGUCAGCUAGUCACCACAGUUAGCAAUGUAAAUGUACUUUUUUUAUAGACUAUAUAAAACAAAGAGUCUAUUUAUAUAUAUAUUUGAAAGGAAAAGUUUGAUAAUGAUGUUUAAUUUCCUUAAUAUUUAUUAAUAAACACAUAUAAUUUUUAUAUU